UUCAACACGGAAGUGUUUCCUCGGCGCACUGGACAUUUCCGGCCAGCUCAUUUCUUCCGCAUCGGCGAACUUGACAGGAGAAAACAAACUAAAAUAUUUGGAUAAGUUGGACGUGUCGAAAAGCUUUAAAAGUUUUGGGGAGUUUCCAGCAAGGAUGAUUUUACUGACGAUGAUCGCUCGUGUGGCGGACGGGCUUCCGCUAGCAGCUUCCAUGCAAGAGAAUCACCAGUCAGGACGAGACCUCCAGCAGUACCAGAGUCAAGCCAAGCAACUGUUUCGCAAACUCAACGAUCAAAGUCCAGACCGCUGCACCUUGGAAGCCAAAGACAUGAGCUUUCAUUACGUCAUCGCAGACGGCGUUUGCUACCUUUCCCUUUGCGAGCCAUCCUUCCCCAAGAAAAUGGCCUUCGCGUACCUGGAGGACCUUCACGGCGAGUUCUCCGACCAGUACGGACACAAGACACGUACAUCCAGAAAAGCAAAAAGUCGUACAUUGACAGCAGGGCGAGGAGGAACUUGGGUAGUAUCAAUACAGAGCUACAGGAUGUUCAAAGAAUCAUGGUGGCAAAUAUUGAAGAAGUUCUACAACGUGGAGAAGCAUUGUCUGCCCUGGACUCCAAAGCCAGCAAUCUGUCCACGUUGUCGAAGAAGUACCGCAGCGACGCCAAGUACCUCAACACCCGCUCCACGUACGCCAAAGUUGCCGCCGUGGCUGUCUUUUUCCUCACGCUCAUCAUCUACGUGCGCUUCUGGUGGCUCUGACGGGGUUCUACCGGUUUACCGUCGUGCCUUAAAUACGUUGGUCGUGACGUGAACCCUUCUGGAUGUUUUCAAAAUGUUUCUUUAGUAGGUUUUAAAAACAAAGGUUUAAUCAAACGGUGUACCACCGAAACCAAUACAUAUGCACUGCAAAAUCCAAACAAACAAACAAA